UAGAAACUAGCCAAUUUAGAUCAUAUUUUCGACGCUCUUAAUUAUCCAAAUAAUUACAAAGCACACUAUUUAAAAUAAAAAAAAAAGAAAAAAAUUGUGCUAAAAUGGUAUGUUAAAUUAAAUAAUAAAUCUUUAGUUCACAACACAACCUUUCCAGGUGCGUAAGCGUAACCACGCGCCAUCUAGUGCACUAUUUAGUAACAUCUGGUUCUUCUUCCAACUUCUUGGAUUGAGAAUUUUCCUUCCCGCGAUUUUGGCAGCCAUGUUAAUGGUGGCUAAAUCCUCACCAAACUUAUUCUCAGUCUCACCGAGUCACCACGACUCUAAGACAGACUUGGUAAGAAACUCAUCUGGCUCUUUUUCCUUCAAAUCGUCCCCGAGAACCUACUCGCCAUCUCUGAAUGCAGGCUCUUCUUUUGCCGUAAUCCGAUCAUCUGCUUCGGUCGCUAAACCCAUUAUCCAUGAAACUAUCGAUUACAAUGCAAAGAUUACCUCUUUCUGUGAAGUGGGUAACCUGAAAAAAGCCAUGGAAUCGCUUUGUGGGUCCCAAAAAUCAGAGCUCGAGCUAAAGACUUACUGCACUGUUUUAGAGCUCUGCGCACAGAAAAAAUCAUUACAAGACGGAAGAAAGGUUCACUCUGUUAUUUGUGAGAGCGGCGUACCUGUUGAUGGGCAUUUGGGUUCAAAACUUGUCUUUAUGUACUUAACUUGUAGAGAUUUAAGAGAAGGAAGACGGGUUUUCGAUGCCAUUUGCAGUGACAGGGUUUUCCUUUGGAAUCUUAUGAUAAAUGAGUAUGCAAAGAUUCGUAAUCACAAGGAGAGCGUAAAUUUGUAUAUGAAGAUGCAACAGUUGGGUGUGCAAGCAAACUCUCACACAUUGUCUUGUAUUUUAAAGUGCUUUGCAGCCUUGAGAAACGUAAAAGAAGGCCAAAGGGUUCAUGCAUAUAUGUGUAAAAUGGGUUUUGUUUCUUUCAACACGGUUAUGAAUUCCUUAAUUGCUUUCUACUUCAAAAAUGGGAACGUCGAAAGUGCGCAGAAGGUGUUUGAUGAAUUGCGUGAUAGAGACGUUAUAUCCUGGAAUUCUAUGGUGAGUGGGUAUGCGGCUAAUGAUAUGGGGGAGAAGGGAGUUGAGAUUUUCACACAGAUGCUUUGUUUGGGAAUUGACGUGGAUUUGGCCACAUUAGUCAACGUUCUAGUGGCUUGUGCAGAUAUUGGAACUCGUUCGUUCGGAAGAGCAGUUCAUGGUUAUGCAAUAAAAGCUUCUUUUCAUAGGGAAAUCAUGUUCUGUAAUACUUUACUGGACAUGUAUUCAAAAUGUGGGGACAUGGGUGCUGCAGUUCAAGUUUUUAAGAAGAUUGGCAAAAAAAGUGUGGUGUCAUGGACUUCAAUGAUGGCAGGUUAUGUACGAGAAGGUCUUUCUGAUGAUGCUAUUGAAAUAUUCUAUGAAAUGCAAACAAAUGGCAUCAGCCCAGAUAUCUUUACUGUUACGAGCAUACUUCAUGCUUGUGCUUGUAGCGGAUCACUGGAUGAUGGCAAAGUUAUUCACAAUUACAUUAGAGAAAAUGAUAUGGAUUCAAAUUUGUUUGUCUGUAAUGCGCUUAUGGAUAUGUAUGCCAAAUGUGGAAGCAUGGAAGAAGCUCACAUGAUUUUCGCUCACAUGCCUACGAAGGACAUUGUCUCGUGGAAUACCAUGAUCGGAGGUUACUCCAAAAACUGUCUUCCAAAUGAAGCUCUCGGAUUAUUUUCUGAGAUGCAACAUAAUUUAAAGCCUGACGGUAGAACUGUAGCAUGUAUACUUCCUGCUUGUGCUAGCUUAGCAGCUCUAGACAAGGGCCGCGAGAUCCAUGGUCACAUAUUAAGAAAUGGCUAUUUCCAAGAUCGAAUUGUUGCUAAUGCACUUGUUGACAUGUAUGUAAAGUCUGGGCUACUAGUACUUGCACAAUUACUUUUUGAUAUGAUUCCUGAAAAGGACCUGUUCUCAUGGACAGUGAUGAUCUCUGGAUACGGUAUGCAUGGAUUUGGCACUGAAGCUAUUGCUGCCUUUGAAGAAAUGAAAGAUUCAGGAAUUGAACCUGAUGAAGUUUCCUUCAUUUCUAUUCUUUAUGCUUGUAGUCAUUCAGGAUUACUUGAGGAGGGACGGAAGUUUUUCAAUAUUAUGAGAAAUGAAUGCAACAUUGAGCCAAUGUUGGAGCAUUAUGCAUGUAUUGUGGAUCUUUAUUCCCGAACUGGGAAUUUAUCAAUGGCUUAUAAGUUUAUCAAAACUAUGCCAAUUAAGCCAGAUGCUACAAUCUGGGGUGCUUUGCUUUGUGGGUGUAGGACCUACCAUGAUGUCAAACUAGCAGAGAAAGUUGCAGAACGAGUUUUUGAACUAGAGCCUGAGAACACAGGUUAUUAUGUUCUUCUUGCCAAUAUAUAUGCCGAGGCAGAAAAGUGGGAGGAAGUGAGAAAGCUUAGAGAGAAAAUUGGUAGGAAAAGGUUAACGAAGAAUCCAGGCUGUAGUUGGAUAGAGAUCAGAGGCAAAGUUAAUAUAUUUUUCUCAGCAGGUGAUUCACACCGGCUUGCGAAAGAGAUUGAGUCACUACUGAAGAUGUUAAGAGCGAGAAUGAAGGAAGAAAGACACUUUCCCAAACUGAAGUAUGCAUUGAUUAACGCAGAUGACAUGGAGAAAGAGAUUGCACUCUGUGGGCACAGUGAGAAAUUAGCUAUGGCUUUUGGAAUACUGAGCUUGCCUCCUGGAAAAACCAUACGAGUCACCAAAAAUCUUAGAGUUUGUGGGGACUGUCACGAGACAGCUAAGUUCAUUUCCAAAACACUGGGGAGAUCGAUUAUCUUGAGAGAUUCAAACCGUUUUCACCAUUUCGAAGAUGGUCAUUGUUCUUGCAGAGGUUUUUGGUAAAUUGAAAAGUGAGACUUAGAUAGGAAGUAGCUCAUUAAAACUACUCUCGCCACUCGACUUCCAGAACUGACCCGUUGGUGGCAGAUUCAGUCAAUGUUCUUAGACUGAUAAAAGCAUAUCCCUUGGGGCAAUUUCAGAUAGCACAGGAAGGAAGGAAGGAAGGAAGGAAGGAGGGAUCUUUGCUGAAUGAGUAUAUUUCUUGAUGUGCUUUUUAAGUGUUGGGAGGUGAGAAAGGCUGUGUUUACUAUUGGUGACAUGGUGAUUGAAAAUUGAAAAAUACCAUAAUUUAUGUAGGACCUUAAUUAGCUGUCAGCUGACCUCUUCAAUGUCUACAUGAAAGACCCCUUUUUCAAUGAAAAAAAAAUCGUAUAUAUUAUUUUCUCGUACAGUUGAUAUCGUUGUAGUGUAGCUAGAAAUGUUUGUAACUUUGAGUUAUUGGAGCUUAAAUGAGUAAGGAUGCAAUCAUUACCAUUACCAUCAUCACGAGCUAGAUGGGCUAAUAAUGUAGCCGAAUGGUGCUUCUUUAUUUCUUUUAAAUGUGAGUUCUGUUCUAUGCUUAUAUUUGAA